UCAACUGCUUUAAAGGAUAUAAUAUUAAUGUCAAACACUUUCCCCUUCCUUUUCUGGGGUCUGUGGACGCAACUGGAUAUUUUUUGUCCCUUCCCCAAGUCUGGGAGGGGUGGGAUGUCAUAAUUCCCAAAGAGGUGGAUGUGGCUGAAUUGGAAAGAACAAUGAACUGAUAGAUCAUGAGGCAGCUUGAUGAAUUUUUUCUUGCAAGGAGGACACUGGAAUUUUAGACGGAGCUGAAAGGAGACAUACUCUGGCUGAAAGGCAACAGAAAAUCCCUUCUUGCCCACACGUCCAUGGAUACAACAAUGUUGACAGUAAGUGACGACUGCAGGGGCCCAUCUUGGAGCUUGACAGUUGCUGAGAGGAAGUUGCUACAGACUUGCAGGAUCUUGGCCCUUGUCUUUUUAGUAGCCAAGGUGGUGGGAUUGCGAACGAGAUCAAGCUGGAACGUUUUCCUCAUAAAGUCUCAGUGACAAAAGAAGAGCAGGAGAUCAUGCCAGGCUCACAUGAAGAGAAUAUUUCCUUCCCUAUAAAAGAAGUGUAUGAGAGUGUUGGUCUUGUGAAAGAGUCCAAGGUGGAACAGCCUCAGCAGACGAUUCCUGUGUCAGACAAAGAGCAGGAGGUCAUUCCAGAAAGAUACCAAGAGGAUAAGACUUCAUUUUCAACAGACACAGGAGCAUCUAGCUUUCCAACUCUGGGAAGCACACAACCAAAUUUCAACUGGAAUGGAAAUUUUCCUUCUCAUCCGAGAAUUCACUCCGGGGAGAAACCAUAUCAGUGUUCAGACUGUGGAAAGAGCUUUUCUUUCAGGUCCCAUUUUGCUUCCCAUCAGAGAACACACACAGGGGAAACGCCGUAUAAAUGUUUGGAUUGUGGAAGGGGCUUCAAGCGGCGUGACACCCUUACUUUGCAUCAAAGAAUUCACACUGGAGAAAAACCUUAUAAAUGCUUAGAAUGUGGCAUGAACUUCAUUAGGAAGACAACGUUUAAUUUGCAUCAGACAGUACACACAGGGGAGAAACUGUAUAAAUGUUUGGACUGUGGCAAGAGUUUCAGCCGGCAUUACACCCUAACGUUGCAUCAAAGAACCCACACAGGGGAGAAGCCGUAUAAAUGCUUGGAGUGUGGGAAAAGCUUCCGACAGAGUGAUUCCCUUUCUUUGCAUCAAACAACUCAUACUGGAGAGACACCAUACAAAUGUAUGAAAUGUGGAAAGAGCUUCAGCUGCAACAGAACCCUCGUUGGACAUCAAAUAAUUCACACAGUGGGAAAACAGCAUAAAUGCUCUGAGUGUGGGAAAAGUUUUCUCCAUAGCAAAAGCCUGAUUUUGCAUGAAAAGAAGCACACCGGAGAAAAACCAUAUAAGUGUUUAGAGUGUGGUAAGGGUUUUUUUGACAAUGGCACCCUUACGUCGCAUCAGAGAAGUCACACAGGAGAGAAGCCUUAUAAAUGCUCAGAGUGUGGAAUGACAUUUCCUUACACUGGAUCCCUAGCUUUACAUCGGAGGAUUCACACAGGAGAAAAACCGUAUCAGUGCUCAGAGUGCGGGAAGAGUUUUUCCCAGCAUGGAUCUCUCAUUUCACAUCAAAGAAUCCACACUGGAGAGAAGCCUUAUAAAUGUUCCGAGUGUGGAAAGAGCUUCAGGGACUGUACAUACCUGGCUUCUCAUCUUAAAAUACAUACAGGGGAGAAACCGUAUAAAUGUUUGGAGUGUGGAAAGGGUUUCAUUGAGAGUCGUUACCUUAUAAGACAUCAAAAAAUUCAUAUGAAAGAGGAGCGCUAUACAUGCUCACCUUGAGAAGCAAACUAUGAAUCGUAGGGUUGGAAGAGACCACAAGGGCCAUCUAGUCUAACCCCCCUGCCAUGCAGGAAAUCCCAAUCAAAGCAUAUCCAACAGAUGACCAUCCAACCUCUGCUUAAAGACCUCCAGAGGAGGAGACUCCACUACACACUUGCUUUUAUACCUUCAUUUCUCAGUACAUUCUCUUUUUCAAAAAUCUGCUAAAGGAGAUUUUGAUAAAGGCUUCAAAUACAAAGAAGAUUAUGGUGGAAAAAUCAGAAUUUUCUUCACUGAAGUUACUUAAGAACUUUCCACAGAAAGGUUCCAGAUGACAUAAAUGCUGAAUGCAAGGGGCAACUUUCCAUUUAAAAAAAUAUUUUGAUCUCCCUGCAUCCCUAACUCCAAUAAGAGCAACAGCUGGGUGCAGCUCAAGUACCUUCACUGUGGAGGGAUCAGGAAGAAGGCCUGUUUUUGUGGCAGUGAUAUGUUUAAGCCACAGUUCACAUAUUUAAACCUAACCCAUGACAAUAUGUCAGACUCUGUCCCUUGUCAAUGUGCUAAAAGGAAUAAAAAAUAGGAGGGUUGAGGGGGCGGGGAGAGGUUUUAAAUAAAGAAACUGGAGUGUU